AUGGUGAACGUAAAGGACAGACGAAGGGAGAAUGCCAGCGUCGCUAGCGAGAUUGACCGCUUGGAGGAGCGGCGGGCUCGUUGCCAUGACAACCUAGAAAUGGCAGAAUUCAGGAGCAGGAAUCGGGUGUUGUCCGAGGAGGAGAGGCAGCAACUGGAAAUAGAAAUGGCGGUUAUAAUCGAAAGGGUGCGAAAUUUGGACAAGGAGUUGCAGCUGUUACGAAGAGCAAACAGGAAGAACACGCUACUGUCAGUGGCUUUGCUGGCCGUCUGCGCUUUCUUUGGCUACUUUUUCUGGUCUGACAACCACUACUCAUAA